CUUGGAAUCCUAGAACAUUAAGAUUCUCAGAACCUGUUGGAAAGGGCUUUUGAGGUCAUCUUGGUGGCCUUUCUAUGCCUCCAGGUGUAAUGAGAUAGGCUGAUUUAAUAUGAAAGUUUUGAGGAUGUCCUCACCCUGUUCUCUGUCCUCUUCAGAUAUGGACCCUUUCCCCUUAUUCCCUCAGUGCCCAGAAGGGGGUCUUGAUUGUCCUGAAUGAAUGAAUGAAUGAAUGAAUGAAUGAAUAUAAAUGUACAGCAGGUACUUCUUUGGGUUUUGCUUAGCUUGAGGGCAUCAGUUAAAGGCUACUGUGUUCAUUCUCCAGGAGGGCUUUUCUAACCUGUUCCUACAGGAAGGGAAGUCCAUAUUGGUGUGGGGAAGUUUUGAAAGCUAAGUUGUGUGGGAUGAGAGAAAGAGAGUAAGAGGCUGUUCCAGACCAGCUGGAACUGACCAGCUUAGGGAGUUGGGAGGAGGGAGCACAGAGAAUGAGGUCCUGAGACAACACCUCACUGGAGGGGAGGGGAGAUUGUAGGGAGCUAUAUAUUGACAUCUGGGAUCAAAUUCUGGUCUGUACCUGUCAUUCUUGACAGUUUCUUCAUGGGAGAGGUGGGGGAGUUGAGGACCCUGAGCAGUUCUGGCAUCUCCUUGGAAAUAGCUGAGGACUUUGAGACAGACACUGGCAUCUGGGAGGAGACUAAUUACUAUUUGCCAGUCUCCCUCUCUACUUCCUCCCAGCUGGAACAGGAAAGCCAGCCUACUGCCCAGUUAAAGGUCUGAAGGAGCUGGUUGGAUUAUCUUCCCUCUCCCACCAUGGCGCUCUCCAGAUCCCUCUUCUUCUCUUCAGCCUGAACUGCAUCCAUGUGUGAUCCAGGGAGGCCUGACUAAUUCUAAUCAGGCAGGCCAGGUUCAGAUGCGCUUUGUUGGGUGGUCCUACUGCUCACUCCUUCCAUAACUGGGGGCUGAUGCCCCAGAACCCUCAGGAGAAGAGCCAAGCCUAUCCCCGCCGCCGCCCUGGGAGCCACACAGACCAUAAGAGUCCCAAGGCCACCGCAGGCUCAGCUAUGUACACCUUCUUGCCUGAUAACUUCUCGCCUGCCAAGCCCAAGCCGUCCAAAGAGCUGAAACCACUGCUAGGCUCUGCGGUGCUGGGGCUGCUGCUGGUGUUGGCGGCAGUGGUGGCUUGGUGCUACUACAGUGCCUCUUUACGCAAAGCAGAACGCCUGCGUGCGGAGCUGCUGGACCUCAAUCGAGGCGGCUUCUCCAUCCGCAACCAGAAGGGUGAGCAAGUCUUCCGACUGGCCUUCCGCUCAGGCAUGCUGGACCUUGACUCCUGCAGCCGCGACGGUGCCCUGCUCGGCUGUUCUCGCACAGCAGAUGGGCGCCCGCUGCACUUCUUUAUCCAGACUGUAAGGCCCAAGGACACGGUCAUGUGCUACCGUGUGCGCUGGGAGGAGGCAGCUCCAGGGCGCGCGGUAGAACACGCCAUGUUCCUGGGCGAUGCAGCGGCACACUGGUAUGGCGGUGCUGAGAUGAGGACCCAGCACUGGCCUAUCCGCCUGGAUGGCCAGCAGGAGCCACAGCCCUUCGUCACCAGUGAUGUCUACUCCUCUGACGCCGCAUUCGGAGGCAUCCUCGAACGUUACUGGCUGUCAUCGCGUGCGGCUGCCAUCAAGGUCAACGACUCAGUGCCCUUCCACCUGGGCUGGAACAGCACCGAACGCUCGCUGCGGCUGCAGGCCCGCUACCAUGACACGCCCUACAAGCCACCUGCUGGCCGCUCCGCAGCACCAGAGCUCAGCUACCGUGUGUGUGUCGGCUCUGAUGUUACUUCAAUCCACAAAUACAUGGUUCGACGCUAUUUCAACAAACCGUCAAGGGUGCCAGCACCCGAGGCCUUCAGGGACCCCAUCUGGUCCACGUGGGUGCUGUAUGGGCGUGCCGUGAACCAGGACAAAGUGCAACGUUUCGCCCAGCAGAUCCGCCAGCACCGAUUCAACAGCAGCCACCUGGAAAUAGAUGACAUGUACACACCUGCCUAUGGAGACUUCGACUUCGACGAGGCCAAGUUCCCCAAUGCCACUGACAUGUUUCGCCGUCUGCGCGACGCCGGCUUUCGCGUCACGCUCUGGGUUCACCCGUUUGUGAACUACAACUCAUCGUGCUUUGGUGAGGGUGUAGAACGCGAGCUGUUCGUACGCGAACCCACUGGCCGGCUGCCCGCGCUUGUGCGCUGGUGGAAUGGCAUCGGCGCGGUGCUGGACUUCACACGCCCAGAGGCUCGUGACUGGUUCCAGGGACACCUGCGGCGGCUGCGCUCCCGCUAUGCUGUGGCUUCCUUCAAGUUUGAUGCAGGAGAGGUCAGCUAUUUGCCACGGGACUUUAGCACCUACAGGCCGCUGUCCGACCCCAGCAUAUGGAGCCGACGCUACACUGAAAUGGCACUGCCCUUCUUCUCUCUGGCAGAGGUUCGCGUGGGCUACCAGUCACAGAACAUCUCGUGCUUCUUCCGUCUAGUGGACCGCGACUCGGUGUGGGGCUAUGAUCUGGGGCUGCGCUCGCUCAUCCCCGCGGUGCUCACCGUCAGCAUGCUGGGCUACCCAUUCAUCCUGCCCGAUAUGGUGGGUGGAAAUGCAGUGUCUGAGCGCACAGUGGGUGGUAGCGAAGUGCCGGAGCGUGAGCUAUAUGUUCGCUGGCUGGAGGUGGCCGCCUUCAUGCCCGCUAUGCAGUUCUCAGUCCCACCUUGGCAAUAUGACGCCGAAGUGGUGGCUAUCGCGCACAAGUUUGCAGCGCUUAGGGCCUCACUCGUAGCGCCGCUAUUGCUUGAGCUGGCUGGUGAGGUCACCGACACAGGUGACCCCAUCGUGCGCCCCCUCUGGUGGAUUGCGCCAGGCGAUGAGACAGCACACCGCAUCGACUCGCAGUUCCUUAUCGGAGACACGCUGCUGGUGGCUCCAGUACUGGAGCCAGGCAAGCAGGAGCGAGAUGUCUACCUGCCUGCAGGCAAGUGGCGCAGCUAUAAGGGCGAGCUUUUUGACAAAACCCCAGUGCUGCUUACUGAUUACCCCGUGGACCUGGAUGAGGUUGCCUACUUCAUCUGGGCAUCCUGACCCAACCCAGGACCCAGGAAUCCCACAGCCCUAACCUCUGUCUUCAUGCAGGUGUUUAACCCUCCAUCACAACCACACCGUGCAUCCCCAGGAAGGUCCCACCUCUGCAGUUCCCACUAAGUGGGUGCUGACAUAAAUGUGCUCUAGCCAGCUCCUGCAGGGCCAGGUGAGGGGGCGCUGAAGCAACUUCCCAUUUCAACGCACAAUCCUAAAGACACUUUUUCCCUCCAUGCUCACUGCAGUCUGCAGAAACCUCUUUCUGAGGUGGGAGCGAGAGAACUCUGAGGUAAAAUGCCAGCUAUCUUCCUAUUACACAUGAUUGUGUUUUAAAAGCACAGAGAGAAACCUUACUGUCCGUCCUGGCCUGAAUGGCCCAUCUUUGUCCUUCUGAGGUUGGGACUUAAUCCUUUUAAUGUCCCCAAAUAGCUCCCUGCCACACUUAGAAAGGCACAUUCUUGGUGUUGGAAGCCAGGCCCCGAGUUCCCAGCACUUGCCUGAAGUGUAUUGACCUGGUCCUACCCCAGCUAAGGAGAUGGGAUGGAGGUGUCUGGCCAACAGACAAGGAGGAUGGAGGUCCCAUCCCAGAGGAUAGAAGGACUGGGCACAGCACUGAGCCAUCAUUGUUGUCCCUCACUUGUGAAGAGACUCCUAAUGCUGCACUUAUCCAUCUAUGUAAACACAUGGGCUCAGCCCUGGACCAGGGCCAUGGCCUAAUGGGCAAGGACUUGCAAGGCCAUGCAGGCCCAACUUGGUGCCUUAACUCAAGAACCUGUGUGUGUGUGUGUGUGUGUGUGAGAGAGAGAGAGAGAGAGAGAGAGAGGCACCAUGUGUUCCUGGAUCUAUGGAAUGAACACAAUACUUCUGAAGCUGGAUGAGCCUGGAAGGAGGGGACAGGAAGCAAAUUGGAGGUUUUGAUUGUUGAUCUGGCCCUCUCCUGGUUGAUGUCUCUGGGACUAUAGCAGGAAAUAAAUAGCGCUUUCAAGAUUUCUCAGCUGCCUCACUUCCUGCAUACAUGGCAGGGGUGUGGCGUCAAAGGGAGCGAGCAGUGUUCUUUUUCUGAUGGUGGUGUGCUUUGGCACGUGAACUACAUUCGCACAUCGACACCUGUAAAUACACAUACAGGGUAAGGUGUUUCAUUUCAGCCGUUUUCCCUUUCUAAGAAGAGCAACCUCAGCCAGAGUAAAUCUCCCUGACUUUGCAGCUGAGUCUGAAGAAGUGGCUUGCCAGAGCGGGGAGGUAGGAAACAGGGCAGGGCUCAGCUUCCCUCAACUCCUAAAGAAUGCAUCCUUUUGUCCACUCCUCUACCCCCUCUAUUUCCCCAGUGUGAAGAAUGCCUAAUGAAAGUUUGGGGGCACUCACAGAUGUCUAUCUUGAGUGCUGAUUUUACCACUUGUCUAUAAGCUGUGUGAUUUUUAAGCAAGCUGCUUAUACUUAUUGAACCUCAGUUUCCUCAUAUGUAAAAUGGUGAUGAUAAUGCCUACCUCCCAGGAUAUUGUGGGAAUUAUAAGUACAGAUGUAUGUAAAGUGCCUGGCACAAGUAGGUGCUCAAUAAAAGGUAGCUAUUAUACUA